AACUAGUACAAGCUAUGCGAGUACUCGUACCGCCGAUCUUUGGGUUCAGAUGAUAGUCACUCACCCGUCGUCGAUCGAAGAAAACGCGAGGCUUUUUCGAUUAUUGGAUGUUUCGACAUUUUGCUCAUUUCGAGUUCUAUCGCAGUCACAUCAAAAAUAUUUCGGACCAUGAGCACCACUGACGCCAACCCUAAGAUCAUUGACUUGAUCAAGCAAAAGGAAGAUGGUAGCAAACCUUUUGUUUCGAUCGAGUUUUUCCCACCACGAACGGAGACGGGUGUCAAGGUGCGCCAUUGCGUAUAGUUCCGUUUGAGGCUUUGCGAGAAUAUGCUGGUUGGUGGUCGGUGGUUGGUUUUACAGAAGUUCUUGAAACAGGGAUUUGAACUUUUGUCAUCGUAUCAUUUAAGAAAUCCUAAUCCUUUACUGUUUGGUCAUUGUUUUGAUUGUUUAGAACUUGUAUGCCCGUAUGGAGCGCAUGAAGGCCUCUAUCAAUCCACUCUUUAGCGAUGUCACGUGGGGAGCAGGUGGUUCGACGGCAGAAUUGACUCUUGACAUUGCAAACCAGCUCAAAAAGACUGGGCAUGUAGCCAAUAUGCACAUGACGUGCACAAACAUGGAAAAGGACGGGGACCCUAAGAAAGCCGUACACAGUGCCCUCCAAACCGCCAAAGACAGUGGCAUUAUGAAUAUUGUAGCUUUGCGCGGAGACCCCGCCCACGGACAAGAAGAAUGGACAGCGGCCGAUGGAGGGUUCACUUGUGCCCUGGAUCUUGUCGAGUACAUUAGAGAGAAUUUUGGAUCCGAGUUUGGCAUUAGCGUUGCGGGAUACCCGGAAGGUCACCCUAAUGCAAUCUCCCUCGUCGAAGACCCAUCUACCAUGACGGAGGCAGAGAAGGCGAGAAGUUCCACGGACGAUGAGGGCAAGGUAUACACCUGCAGAGACGAGGACUACAAAAAAGAAAUGGACUACUUGAAGAAGAAAAUUGACGCAGGAGGUGGUGAGUUUCUAUCUUUCGCAGACCUACAAAAAAGUUGAUGCCGUUUAGUUUUCUUGUAUGGUAUCUCAAAUCUCGUUCUCUCCCUGAAUCCCAUGCUUUGCUUUCGAAUAGAUUUUAUUAUUACGCAAAUGUUCUUUGAUACGAAGGUUUUCGGAUCGUUCGUCAAGGAUUGCCGAAAGUGGGGAAUCGAUUGUCCUAUCGUUCCCGGUCUCAUGUGCAUCAAUGCGUACGCCGGGUUUGUCAAAAUGACGAAAUUCUGCAAGACACGUGUUCCAACCGAGCUGAGAGCCAAGAUGGACAGUCUCAAGGACGACUCGGAUGCCAUCAAGGCCUUUGGUAUCGAAUUUGGAACCCAAAUGUGCCAGGAUUUGAUCGAAAUCGGAGUCGAUGUCUUGCACUUCUAUACUCUUAACUUGGAAAAGACUACGUAUGGCAUCCUUGAUGGACUCGGGUACAAUGUGACGGGAUCUGCCGAUGAUAGCGACGAGAAAACCAUGGUCGCUAAGGGCAGUGCGUGGGCUCGUGUCGGAGACAAGGUGAAGACGACCGAGGGCGUCGAGGGAACAGUCACGGCUAUCGAAAGUGAUGGUACCGCCACCAUUGAGUUCGAAGGGGAAUCUCCCACGGUAACUCUCAAGAAGGAAGACUACAGCAAAGUUUUCUAAAUUCACUCAUCGUUGGGCUUCGUAAACAUACGUGUUAGAGUGGACUCGUAGUAACGACUUUUUUCGUUGGUUAUGGAGACAAGUGCACCCUGUUCUACUAGAAUUCUACACACUACAACAGUAAUACGUAGUAAAAUUUUUGUCAUGCAAGAUAUCUUGAAAAAUAAUUUCCGUCACGUUGC